AUGGCGGAGCAAGAUCUUCCCCAUACUCGCUAUCGCGAACUUUUUGAAGUGGUAGCCCAUCAUACUACUUCCUUAAAACGUCUAGAGGAAAGCUCCAACAACACAGAAUCCUCCCUAAAUAAUGUUCAUCGACAACUCGCUUCCAUCACUCUCGCUCUAGAGAGACUUUCAAAGGCCCCUCACCCUGAGCAACUAGAAGGUCCCUCUUCUUCAUCCACUCGCAAUCCAUUGUUUGUCGACGAUAAUUAUCGUCAACCAAUAACCCCAAAAAUUGAUCUCUACAAGUAUGAUGGUACUGAGGAUCCUUCGGGAUGGAUAUUACUAGCAGAUCAAUUCUUCCUCUUGUACCAAAUUCCUGCUCCCCAAAGACUCCUUUAUGGAUCUUUCUAUCUGAAAGGAGAAGCAUUAUCUUAUUUCAAGUAUCUCCAACAUGCAGGAGAAUUGUCUGACUGGGCAUCCUUGGUUCACCAAAUUCCUGCUCCCCAAAGACUCCUUUAUGGAUCUUUCUAUCUGAAAGGAGAAGCAUUAUCUUAUUUCAAGUACCCCCAACAUGCAGGAGAAUUGUCUAAUUGGGCAUCCUUGGUUCAGUCUCUAGAAAAAAGGUUUGGCCCCACUAAAUAUGAAGAUCCCGAGGGUGAAAUCACUAAGUUACGUCAAACCUCUACAGUUGCAGCGUAUCAAACUCAAUUUGACAAAGUUGCUCAGCGUGUUGAUGGACUUCCAGAUAGAUUCCUUGCUCGUACCUUCGUUAGUGGACUACGAGAUGAUAUUAAAGGGAUGGUAAAACUACUCCGUCCUACAUCCUUGAAAGAAGCAAUUGGUCUAGCUCGACUCCAAGAGAAACACCAUUGUAAGGAUCAAAAAAGCUUCUCAACUCCUAAUAAGCCCAUUACAUUUGCUGCCACUACACCUAUCAAGCCAUCACCUUCUCUCAAGACUCAACGACUUUCUUAUGAUGAGAUGAAAGCAAGGAGAGACAAAGGCUUGUGCUAUUAUUGUGAUGACAAAUUCGGGCCAAGACACAAAUGCAAGACACGUACUUUUUUCUUUUUGGAAGGGCAAGAAGAUAGUGAUAUGGAUUGUUCAGAUGACGAUAGCCCAGUUAGUCCGCCCCCAGCAAUCUCACUCCAUGCCAUUUUAGGUGUACAGAUGCCACAAACUAUGCGAGUUACGGGCACUAUUGCCAACCGCUCUGUUUUUAUUUUAAUUGACUCAGAUAGUACCCAUAACUUCAUGGAUCCGUCGAUUGCUAAAAAAGCCAACCUACCCGUUUCUCAAACCACCAACUUCACUGUUAUGGUAGCCAAUGGGGAUAAACUAUCUAGUGAAGGUAAAUGCUCAAACACAAAGCUUUCAGUUCAAGGCAUUCCUAUAGUUAUAGAUUUUUAUCUUCUUCCUUUGGGCGGGUAUGACAUUGUACUUGGAACCUUUUGGCUUCAAACACUUGGGCCUAUUGUUUGGGAUUUUUCCCGACUAAGCAUGAAAUUUUCUUUAAAAGGCAAUUCAUAUACUCUCACAGGAGCUACUACUAAAGACAUAUCUAUCUUAGAUUGUGAUUCCCUUGAGAAGUCUUCCAAAAGAGGAGUCAUUGUUAGUUUAUGCUCCAUCCAAGGACCUGACACCUAUCCAACUCCACACCCAUUACUUCAAAAGGUCCUAAAUGAUUUCCAUGAUGUUUUCUCCAUUCCAAAGGGCCUUCCUCCUAACCGAACCCAUAAUCACAAAAUCCCGCUUUUUGAAGGAGCUCAACCUACAAAUGUGAGGCCAUACAGUUAUCCACAUUUUCAAAAAGCUGAAAUUGAGAAAAUUGUCAAAGAGUUGCUUCACGAUGGUGUUAUUCAGCCUAGCCAGAGCCCAUACUCAUCUCCAGUCCUUUUGGUGCGAAAAACAGAUGGAAGUUGGCGAAUGUGUGUUGAUUACAGGGCCCUUAAUAAUGUCACAAUCAAAGAUCGCUUUCCGAUACCAAUGGUGGACGAGCUUCUUGAUGAGUUACAUGGAUCAAAUUUUUUUUCAAAAUUGGAUCUCCGAUCAGGCUACCACCAAAUUUGA